CCGCGCGAGCGCCCGCCCUCGCCGCUCUCCUCGCCGGCCGGCGGCCUCGGCGCCCGUGCUCGCCUAGCGCGGCCCACGACCGCGCCCGGGCCUCGGCCCGCCAGGGCGCCCGCGCGGAUCGGCCGGGCCUCGCAGGCGAUGGCGGCCGCGGCGGCGCUCUCGGGCGCGGGCGCCCCGCCCGCGGGCGGCGGGGCCGGGGGCGGCGGGAGCCCGCCAGGCGGUUGGGCCGUGGCGCGGCUCGAGGGCCGCGAGUUCGAGUACCUCAUGAAGAAGCGCUCGGUGACCAUCGGGCGCAACUCGUCGCAGGGCUCGGUGGACGUGAGCAUGGGGCACUCGAGCUUCAUCUCGCGGCGCCACCUGGAGAUCUUCACGCCCCCGGGCGGCGGCCCCGGCGCGGCGGCCCCGGAGCCCGCGCAGCCCCGGCCCGACGCGGGCGGCGACUUCUACCUGCGCUGCCUGGGCAAGAACGGCGUUUUCGUGGACGGCGUCUUCCAGCGGCGCGGGGCGCCGCCGCUGCAGCUGCCGCGAGUAUGCACAUUCAGGUUUCCGAGCACAAACAUCAAGAUCACGUUCACAGCCCUCUCCAGUGAGAAGAGGGAGAAGCAAGAGGCUCCUGUGUCUCCAGUGAAGCCUGUGCAGCCACACAUCUCGCCCCUGACCAUCAACAUUCCAGACACCAUGGCCCACCUCAUCAGCCCACUCCCCUCCCCAACGGGAACCAUCAGCGCUGCGAACUCCUGCCCAUCCAGCCCCCGGGGAGCAGGGUCUUCAGGGUACAAAAUGGGCCGCGUGAUACCAUCUGACCUCAAUUUAAUAGCUGACAGCUCACAGCCAGAAAAUGAAAAGGAAGCUUCAGGUGGAGACAGUCCAAAGGAUGAUUCAAAGCCACCUUACUCCUAUGCACAAUUGAUAGUACAAGCAAUUACAAUGGCUCCUGAUAAACAACUCACCCUAAAUGGAAUCUAUACACACAUCACUAAAAACUACCCCUACUACAGGACAGCAGACAAGGGCUGGCAGAAUUCAAUCCGCCACAAUCUCUCUCUGAAUCGCUACUUCAUCAAAGUGCCGCGAUCCCAGGAAGAGCCCGGCAAGGGCUCCUUCUGGAGGAUAGACCCCGCCUCGGAGAGCAAGCUGGUGGAACAGGCAUUCCGGAAACGGCGACCCCGGGGAGUACCCUGCUUCAGAACUCCUCUGGGGCCCCUGUCCUCUAGGAGUGCGCCGGCUUCUCCCAACCACGCGGGGGUGCUGUCUGCUCAUUCCAGUGGUGCCCAGACCCCUGAAAGCCUGUCCAGGGAAGGCUCACCAGCCCCCUUGGAGCCUGAGUCAAGUGGCUCACAGCCCAAACUCGCAGUCAUCCAGGAGGCACGGUUUGCUCAGAGCGCACCAGGCUCGCCUCUUUCCAGUCAGCCCGUCUUAAUCACCGUCCAGCGGCAGCUGCCCCCUGCCAUUAAGCCCGUCACCUACGCUGUUGCCACCCCAGUGACCACCUCCACCUCGCAGCCGCCUGUCGUGCAGACUGUUCACGUUGUCCACCAGAUCCCAGCUGGGUCGGUCACCAGCGUGGCUGCACUGGCCCCAGCAAAUACGUAUGCAGUUGCUGGACAAGCUGUGGUCACCCAGGCGGCAGUGCUGGCCCCUCCCAAGGCAGAGCCGCAAGAGAACGGAGACCACAGAGAAGUCAAAGUGAAAGUAGAGCCUGUUCCUGCGGUCAGCCCUGCCGCGCUGGGCGCCGCGGGCCGGAUCAUCCAGGCGUCGCCAGGCACCCCCAUGCAGACAGUCACCAUCGUACAACAGGCGCCCCUGGGCCAGCACCAGCUCCCAAUAAAAACGGUCACGCAGAAUGGGACCCAUGUGGUGCCCAUCCCCGCGGCGGUGCACAGCCAGGUGAACAGCGCAGCCGCAAGCCCUCUGCACAUGUUGGCCACCCACGCGUCCGCGUCUGCAUCCUUGCCCACGAAACGCCAAAAUGGUGACGAGGCAGAGCAACCGGAGCUGAAGCGGAUCAAGGCGGAGGAUGGGGAGCGCAUCGUCAUUGCCCUGAGCGUGGACCCCCCACCAGUCACCGUGAGGGAGAAGGGGGUCCAGAACUAGCGCUGAAAGCGCUGCUCACGCGGACGUCCACUCUGUGGUGCCAAAAGGAGACAUGGCCUCUCGCUGAAGCUCAGAGAGGCGUCGCCCGCGCAAAGGGCCCUGCGGUUGGACUUCACUUCUCAGCACUGAAAACACAAACCCAGGUGGCCUUAAAACUCCUUACCAUAGACGAAGCCCCACUUGAGCAAGGGCACAGCAGCCAGCCUGGUUCCAGAGCAGGCGGCCUGCGGAGCGCUGGCUGGGCUGCCGCUUGUGAGCUCAGCUUUCCAUUGUGAGCAAGAAGCACUGGCCUUUCUCCUCAAGCCUCCCCUGAGGGCUGGCCGAGGGAGCCGAGCGGAUCUUGCGGACUGGGCUCUCCCAAGGGACGGGCCGGAGCCACCCACCACCCUCCCGGAGACAAGACGAUAUUUUGUUGUUCAUGUGGAAUUAGGAUAUUUUGAGGUGUACUUUCUUUACACAGUAAUGGGGGUCUUUGACAUUUCACACCACUCCAUUUCUACUCUGGAAAUUUUGGAACCACAGAACCCUUCACGUGGAUUAAUUUGGGGAAAGAAACGACGUCAUUUUGUUUGUUUCUGUGAUUUGUUUUCAGCCCGUGGGAGGGUCUGCUCCUGUCUGUCUCGAGCCAUCGAGUGGCGCUCCCCUGGGACACCUGCACGUUGCUGAUGAAUCUCCCCCCCCCCCCCCAAGUCAGAGUGGGGCGCACAGCCCCGCUGCUGUGCCCCUGUGAGGCCAGGCACAGUGAGAGUUAGGCCACGGACGCGGCCCAGCCAGAAGGACCUGUUCACCUCCUUCCUGGUCUCCUUGUCCCUUCUGUAUGUUGACUUUGUCCCUGGUAUCAUUUCCCACUCUUAAGUAAAGCAGUCUCCUAAGUGUUGUGUAUGCCCCCACACAGAACCCUUCCUCCUUCCCUCCCUCCCAUCCUCCCUCCCUCCCUUGGAAAAAAGAUCAAUCAUGUGCCCUUUCAAACCAAGAUCCCAGAUCUCUGCUUUGUCUGACAAGCCGUCAGCCGUCCAGAGUCCGUGCGUGCUGUGGGCUCAGUUGCCGGGGAAGGAGGGCCUGGGAGGUUGGUGCUCUGCAGUCCCUGUCAGCCUCCAGGCUGUGUUCUGGUUCCGGAGGAGGCGCCCUGGCCUCAGAACCAGCCUCCCAUGGAGGCUUGCUUCUCUCCUACGAGACACGAGAUCCAAAGGGAAGGAGACAGGCCAUGACGGUCUGGUGGGCCAGGCAGAGCAGAAAGAGGGCGUAAGCCUUGUUCUUUAAUGUCAUCAUCAUAACAUUAUUUAUUUAAAUGUAGUUAUUUUGGUAUUUAAUUUUUUUUUAAAGAGAGGGGGAAGAAACCCUGUAUUUUCCUGGUGGAAUGAAAUGGCUCAGAAUGGUAUAUUUAGGCAAUUUUAAAACAUUAUUUACAUAAAGACCAAAUACAAGUCUGUUCUAGUAUUGCGUGUCGCGUCACGGUAUGGAACUGUCAUGUUACUGCAGAUGAUGCGUAUUAAAAUUAUGAAUUACUGCACACUAGAUGGAUUUUAUAACUCAAUCACUUGAAAAAUAAAAGUGAGAAAUCAUGA